UGAUUUCUAGGGAAAAUCAAAGUUUGUGCUUUUCUUUUCUCAAGAAUCAAAGGAAGUUUGUGUUUUCGUGAGUUAGAAAUGUAUGCAGGAACGGGGGUAUUUUUCCCUUACAUGCAGAAAAUUUCUCAAGAUUUUCAGCACUUUGAAGAGUUGUGCGAAACCCAGAAACCCAAUGCUUCAAUGGACAACCUGGUUCAGACAUCUGCAAUAUCUGAAUAUUACCUGGGAGAAGAAGGUGAUCUAUUCAAAGCUCCUGAGCCAAUCAUUGAAGAACCAAUUGUGGGCCUUGAUCCCAUGACUUCAGUCAUCUCGUUAGGCUUGUGCGGUGAAGAUGUUAUUACUUCACAAGGACUUAAGGCUGCUGAUAUUGAAUCAAUUCAAAACGAGCAGCUUUUAGAAGUUCUCUAUGAGUGCGAGAAAAAUCUAAUAGCACGGGAAGAAAUAGAAACACCACUGUCUGAGUUCCUGGAUGCAAAGAUUCCUGUUUUGAAGACCGAUGAAAACCGAAAUCGUGAAAAUGAAAUGCUCUGUGAUGUGCCAUUCCAGAAAAGUGUCAGCUCAGAUUGUUUAAGCUCGAUGGAGUGGAUGCAAGCGGCUGCAAUCAAGCCUAAUUUUCUUGAUUUACCUGGAAUGGAUUUUGGUUCUGCAAAUGGGAUGAGGAGGGCAUUUAGUGAAGGAGAUAUAAAGACUCUUGACAAUGGUAACGUGGGCGUCAUCCAUUCUCCUGUUGAGCGACCAAUAAUCUUCAGCAGCUGUUCUACCGAAGAUCGAAGGGAAAAACUCUCUAGAUACAGGAAUAAGAAGAACAAGAGGAACUUUGGAAGGAAAAUCAAGUAUGCAUGCAGGAAGGCUCUUGCUGACAGUCAACCAAGGAUUCGUGGAAGGUUUGCGAAAACUGAAGAAUCCAACAACUCGAAAAGGCAACAGCCGUUUGACUGAAGUAAUUACUCAGUAAAUUAGUAAUAAAUUAGCUAGAUCCAGUGAGUUAAUGCCAAAAAGAAAGAUAAAAACUAUUUGUGCUGCCAACUUGACAUAUGUCAAAGCCUGCCUUUGCGGAAAUCCUACGACAUUAAAAUGCUAAAUAAACCAUAACCUAGUUCUUGUUAUAGUUCCAUGUUAUUUGCUGU